AUGAAUCGUCGAGAGCAUCCCCAAGAGGAGGAACUACAAAAGUUCAAGAAAGAGUUUGAAGCAUGGCAAGCAGCAAGGGUUAAGGAAUGUGAAAAGAUGGUCGAAUCUGACACUAUUCCUUGCCAGUUGCUUGCUCAAGAGAACCUCAACAAGGAAAAGAUGGUUCUUCAUACAAAUUCUAGAAAGACAGCAUUUGAAAGUUCUACAGAACUUGAGCGUCAUACAGUAAAAGCAAGCUCAGGGGAAAGAGGUACUUUACAACACCAUGAGUAUGAAAACAAACUAAAGGUUUGUCCAGUGAAAGCAAGUCUGCCUGAAAGAAGUGGAUUUCAGCACCAUAAGCAGAAAAGUGAACCUUUCCCCGUUGAACAGAAGGAAUCCUUUGCUUUAAGUCGCAAAAUGCCAACAGUGGGGUCUUAUUUGGUAAAUUCUAAUCUGAAACUGGAUAAAUGUUCUGCUCCAACAAAAAUAGUGAUCCUGCGGCCUGGCCCGGAUCGGUUUAGCAAUAACGAAGAUUCUUUGGGCAGUUCUUCAGGUCCUUCACAGGAGAGAGGUAGCAUAGAAGAUUUUCUUGAGGAGGUUAAGGAAAGGCUGAGGUGGGAGAUGCAAGGAAAAACUUUCAAAAGCGGUAGCAUGGUUAGAGGAGGAGGAAUUGAGACCGUUCAUAGUGAGAAGUCUUCAGACCCAAAACAAAUAGCUCAACGUAUAGCAAAACAGGUCAGAGAAAAUGUUACUAGGGAUGUUAGAAUGCAUUUGCGUCGAUCUGAAUCCACGAGAUCCUAUAAAAGUGAAAUUCAAUUGAAUGGAACGGGUUCCCCAGAAUUCAUUAACAAAGAUACCAGGAGGUUCUUGUCAGAGAGGUUAAGGAACGUCCUGAAGGAAACACAUGUAGAUAUUCCCAUGGCUGUCCAUGGUAGAUCAAAUUCGUCCAUGUUAGAUAAUGAAAGUGACAGAUGUGCACAAUCAAGAGAUAUCCUGAAUGCUGGAAGGAACGUCAGCUACUGGAAUGUAGUGAAAGAUAAACCAGAUAUACAAAGCAGAUCUUUCAGGUGUGGGCCUGAUGAUGAUGUAAUGCUCCACAAUGAUAUGUCCCCUAGGAACCUCAUAAGGUCUUUGUCAGCUCCAGUAUCGGGAACAUCACUUGGGAAGCUUCUCCUAGAGGACCGCCAUAUUUAUACUGGGGCCCGCAUCCGGAGGAACUUUGAAGCCAUUGAAAAGGUAACGGUGAAUGUGAAAAAACAGAAGAAGGAAAAGUUCAAUUUUAGGGAAAAAGUUUCAAGUUUUAAAUACAGUUUCACCCUUAGAGGGAGGCUGUUUGGCAGAAAUACUCAAUCAGCAAAGGAAUCGCAUAGAAACAAACGUGAUUUCAUGGAAGACAUCAUGAGUGGGCCANCUUUGGCAGAAAUACUCGAUCGGCAAAGGAAUCGCAUAGAAACAAACGUGAUUUCAUGGAAGACAUCAUGA